GUCGGUUUGACCUUUAGGAUAUGACGUCAUCUCACCCGAUUUGGGAGUGCAAUUUUCAACUUGGGCGAGCUAACGAAAAAGGGCCCCUCUGCUACAUGUAGCUUAACCCCCAUGGAUAUAUUAUAACCCUUCCUUUUCCUUGGACAUGAUGUGGAUAUCCCCUGGAUUAUACUUCAUCGGAUUUUGAAAGAAACUCGGACAUCUUGGAUUUUUCUCUUCUCAUUUCUACGGAUACAAGAAAUGGUCUAUGUGAUAACGACUAAAUCUGUGACAGUUUGGAGUGAAUUACGCAUGAUGGCUGGCUGGAUGGGUUAUCAUUGAUAAACCUAUCCUGCCCCCAUUGUUGACCUCCGACUGGAUUUACAGACGACCACACCCUUUAUUCGGGUGGAAACUUCUUUACGAAGUGAACAGGUAACAGAACUGCCAAUAUGCAGACAAGAGAUAGAGAAAAACUUGACCAUGACGCAAAGCGCAAAGCAAAGACUGGGAGUCGGAGCUCUGCUGGUCGCUCCGGCAAUCCACCCAACUCUGGUGUGCUCAUGGUUGGACCCAAUUUCAGAGUUGGAAAGAAGAUAGGCUGCGGAAACUUUGGCGAGCUGAGAUUAGGUAAAAAUUUAUACAACAAUGAACAUGUGGCCAUCAAAUUGGAACCCAUGAAGUCAAGAGCGCCACAGCUCCAUCUAGAGUACAGAUUUUACAAGAUGCUCGGACAAGCAGCAGAGGGAGUGCCCCAGGUGUACUAUUUUGGCCCUUGUGGUAAAUACAAUGCAAUGGUGAUGGAAUUGAUGGGACCCAGCUUGGAGGACCUGUUUGACAUCUGUGACCGCCAAUUCUCAUUAAGGACAGUCCUUCUUAUAGCAAUCCAAUUGCUGCACAGAAUAGAAUAUGUACAUAGUAAGCACUUGAUCUAUCGAGACAUUAAACCAGAGAACUUUCUCAUCGGUCGCCAGUCCAGUAAACACCAGAACACAAUCCACAUCAUUGACUUUGGCCUGGCCAAGGAGUACAUAGACCCUGAGACCAACAAGCACAUUCCCUAUAGGGAGCACAAGAGUCUGACGGGUACAGCGCGCUACAUGAGCAUCAACACGCAUCUAGGGAAAGAGCAAAGUCGGCGAGAUGACUUGGAGGCCAUGGGUCACAUGUUCAUGUACUUCCUUAGAGGUAGUUUACCUUGGCAGGGUUUAAAGGCUGACACACUGAAAGAGAGAUAUCAAAAGAUUGGAGACACAAAGAGGGCAACACCCAUUGAAGUCUUAUGUGAAAGCUAUGUCGAUGAGAUGGCGACCUACCUACGAUAUGUCCGCAGACUUGACUUCUUUGAGACGCCAGACUACAACUACUUAAGGAAGCUCUUCCAGGACCUAUAUGAUAGGAAAACCUACGGCCAUGAGUCUGAGUUUGAUUGGACGGGCAAGCAGCUUACUUCACAUGUUUCAGCCACAUCAAGUGAUGUGUCACAAUCUAAAGAUGCCAACCCGACAGGGAGGGAUAGGGACAAGCAACGCUAUGCCCAAAGCAAGCAACCAACAACCGCACGUGCCUGGCCCGAGCAGGCGGCCAAGCUAGCACCGCCAAUGGCAGACCAGCGUGGGUCUGUACAGGUCAUGAGCUCCACCAAUGGGGAGCUUGGACCAGAGGAUCGACGCUCAGAGGUGCCCAUUGCACCCCAGCCUGAAAUCGACUCACCUGAUGACACAAAGUGUUGUUGCUUCUUCAAGAGGAAAAAGAAGAAGCGUCCAUCAUGUCGUAAAUAGCCCCAACCCUGUCUCCUGCCACGCCUACAACCCCACCCAGUCUGAUGUCUUGGUUUACUUCUCUGGUGGUGUCUGCUGAAUGAUGCUUCACUGACUCUCUACUCUAAGACUGGAGACCAAAAUGCUCAAUGGAAUAAAAAACCUCCUCUUGUUCAUGACUACAAGAAGCUUUCUGUCUGCUAUUGAGAACCCCAGUUUGUCUUUGAAGUCGACAGGUUGAUUUCUUGGGAGAUGUUGCUCCAUAAGACAGAACUGAACAGAUGCUUCAUCUGAGAUGAAACUAGCCUGGUUAUCCCUGUAAAAGGGGAUUGGGCAAACAGCUGACAGCAGCUUGACCCUCACUCCAGGCUAGCAUUUGAUCAUCAAGAUUGAUUUGAGAAAGUAGCAGGAGGAGGAGGAUGAUUUGACCAAGAUAAAUUCAGAGUGUGAAAGCCCCAUUUGUACAAUAUUUUUGCUGUUAUUGUUUUUUCGUCGUCUGGGAUCGUUUUGCUGUCGACAUUCAUCAGGGGUUUUAUCAGAGAAGGAUUUUGAAAUUUCAAAGCUUUAUUUUUUGUUUUUUCUCUACUACUUUGAUCUGCAAAAUUGUUUGUAUAGUAAAUGGACGUAUUGAUUUUAACAAAAUGGGGAAAAAAAGGGAACGUGAAUCCGGGCAAACUAUGUACAUAUACUGUCUUACCAGUUGCAAUAGAAUAUGUUGAAAAGAGUCGUUUUAAAAUUACACCUACAGGUAUGCAGUUAUAUCCUUUUUGAAUUGACAUGGGGUAUAUAGGUGGGGUACUUCAUGAGGCAAACUUUGAGGCUUCUUCAAAAUGCAAGAAAAUAACUGCAACAUUUCCUAUCUAUCACUGGGUAUGGAUUGUGGGCCGCUGGCCAGAUGCCAGUUGAAACGCCCGAGGACCAGCCAAAAUUCUCUCCAAGUGGUCAGGCUGGCUAGGUCAGUGUUGAAGAUUAUGUCAUUUUAAUAUAAAGCACAACAAGUGAAAUAGCUGAUGGACUAGUGACAUGUAAAGCUAACUGACUCUGCUCGCCAGUCACUCAAAAAAUCUUGCGUAUUUCCAUCUCGGGUUGAAGCAAAGACUUCAGACUCGCCCUCCAGGAAAAAAAACAACCCAAUUUGUAACUCCAUCAAAAUACUACCCCGCACCUAUUCUUGUCCAAAUGUUUUUGAUGUCAACCAAUUCCCCAAUACCCCACACCCCUCCCGAACCCAGCUCCUCAAUCCCGCUACCCCACCACCUCCAAAACCCCACUCCUUAAUACCCCUACCCCACCCCCUCCAGAACCUCACACCUCACCUUUUCUGUCUACUUCAAUCUACUGCCUGUAUAUAUUUGAAUUGAAGUGCACAAAAUUCCAUGAAGAUGUAGGUUGGCCGUAUUCAGAACCACACUUGUAGGAAUAUGAAAAGAUGAAGUCUGGGUUUAUACUUCACGCGAAAGCAAAUGCGAAGCAAAUUACAUAAUGCAAACAAUUUUGUCGCUGGCAAAUUCGCUUUUGCAAGUCGCGUCAAGUAUGAAGCGGAGUCGAAUAAUCUCAACUGGUAAUUCCUCAUAGAGUAAUAUUUUUCAUUGAAACCUUGUGUUGUGAAUUUACUUCAAUGCAAAUAAAGAGCAAUCAAUCUAUAUUCUGCACUGAUAUUGUCAAGCCAAUGUCAUGCACUUUGACCCCACCUGACCCUUGACCUUGUCUAAUUUACAUACCUUUGCAUAACUUUUUGUACUGGACUGAAUGUAUGCAUAUUUAUUCAAAGAGUGUUUUUUAUAUGAAAACAAGUGGAAAGACAGUUGUACCUCAUUAGAAAUAAUUAGAAACGUUCCUUGAUUAGUUUUCUACUGUGCUUCUUGGGGAAAAGGUUUUCAGUGCUUUGAAAAAGGCAGAAAAUAUCCGAGAAAAAAGAUGUAGGAAGGCAAUUUUGAUUGUUUUACUUGUUCUUGUAAUGUGAGAAUAAUGGAUGACACAUGUCUGCAAAAGGUCUUGCUACAAAUGCCUGUUGUACGUUAUUUUGUACGUUUUAAGUUUCUGAAUGUACAUUUAUUGUUGACAUAACCACAUAUCUAAACAAAAUCACGAACCAUAAAUCUUGUUACCCGUUAUUUUUCAAAGUGAACCAACUCUGCAUGUAGGUCGUUUAAAGAGGUAUCUACCAAUGGAAGAUAGAACUUGGUGGCCCCAGUCCCAAAGUUAUAAUUGCUACAAGUUUAUUAUGACAUUACAGUGUUUUUCUGUUACUAGUAAUCAGCCCAUUCUGUUUUAGUAAUUUGUUUCCCCUACGUUUGUUCAUUGGUUGCACUGGUCCCCUGCACUGAUCCACCGGUUCCCACAUCUGAUUAGUUGAUUUGUAUUCAGGUUAGGGGCAGGGUUAAUUAAAUGAUGUCAAGUAGAGUACUGGUUUAUUCAAAUUCUUUGAUGCCAAAAACUAAAUCUUCAAAACAUUCUCAAAUAGUCAGCUUUUUAAAAUUAGGGAUAACUGCAAGUUGCGAAAAUAGAUAAGCGAUUCAAACUGCUUACCAACAAAAAUGACCCAUGGUACAAAUGCAAAAAACAGUUAAUGACCUAAUUGUUUAGACCCUAGCAGAGUCACUCUUGAAAAAAAAAAUCCGUUGAGAAAGACUCUGCUAGGGUUGAACGUUGUGCCACUUGCUAGUUUUUGCAAAAUUGCUUGGUGUUAUAUAUGAAAGCAAACGUCAUUGCCCUGCAACUCCAACAAUCUAAACCCUUGGUUUGGGGUAGUUUUCUGCUUAUUUUCUAGAAAAUUUGCCAAGCUGAAAUUCACAACAUUUUUAUUUUAUGGAGAUGUUUUGCUCCCCGUGUUUGUCCAUUAUUUGUCAAAUUUGUAGGCAACUGGUUUUUUGUUUGUAUUUUUUUGUGUAUAUGUACUUAUGUUUGCACCUGUCAUUUGAGUUUGAAAGGAAUGUAAACCCGAACACACCAGAUUUAAAUGUUGCAACGUUAUGUGCUUUUUGUGCCACACUACCAGCAUGUUGCCCUGUUUUUUCCGUUGUUGUGGUGGGGUUGUGUUACCACAAGAGGUUAUGAAUUGACCUAAUUUAGUUUCUGUUAGUUUCCAACUGUCCGCAUUUAUUUGCGCUUCAAAGUGUCGCUUGGUUUCACUCAAGAAAAUUAAAGUCAAUUUAAUUUGCACCAAUACAAGAAAUUGUGUCCUCAAAACAUGUAGCUACGAUAAUACUUGUAAGGAAAAUUUAAAAUCUUUGUAAAAAAAAUAAUAAAUAAAAUAAAAAAAUGGGAGAAACAA